AUGUUGAGGUCAUGCAUUUCUAUCAUAAAUAAGCAUAGGUUUAUAUCGUGUAAACUAUGUGGUACUGAAAUCCAAAGUAUAAAUCCUAAAGCUCCAGGGUACUAUUCACCUCCUAAACAAAUUAGUGAACGACCCAAUGCAGCUAAAGCAUUAUCAGAAAUAAAAUACCUUUUAUUUUCUCAGGAUAUACAGAAUUUGAAGUUGAGCGAGGAAGGUUAUUACAAAAAGGAUCUGCAAAGUAAGAUACCUGAAAGAGUUAGCUGUAAGGUCUGUCAUGAAGCGCAGCAUAAGAACUCAUAUCGUGUAGAAGAUUUUCCUUCGAGGUCAUUUGAAGAUGUUAAGCAGUUGGUACCUCGGGAUGCGAACAUAUAUCAUAUUGCUCCUUUGACUGAUUUUCCUUUGAAUGUCGAUAGGUCAAUAUUACGGCUCGAUGGGCGUGGUUGCAACCUGUUAUUCUCUAAAUCAGAUAAUAUACUCUCGAAGUCCGGCCGUAUGACACAUAAAGCUAAGGAAUUCUUCACUGCAUACUUUAAGGAAGAGCUUGGCGUAAAGGUCCGGAACGUUGUGGUAUUUUCUUCAACCAAGAACUGGAACAUUCCCUCUGUGUUAAACUCUUUAACUAAUAACUCCUGUCUUUUAGGAAGGCCUAAUGUUGGAAAAUCAUCGUUAAUCAACGCUCUUCUGAAAACUGCUGGUCCAGAAGGCUAUCGCAUGGAAACAAAAAACCACAUACAAGUGCCGCACGACUAUAUUCCUUCGAAGAAUGAAAUCUAUAAAUUCAAUGAAGCAGGAGUAUGUAAUAUUCCAAACUUUACAAGGAAUAUCCAGACAUAUAAAUUUGAAGGCAAAACGUUGCAUGAUUUACCAGGAUACGAGGACUUUAGUCAUUCAACCUACUAUAGUACUUUACUUCAAAAACAAUAUUUGGAGGACAUAAGGAAGACCUCAAAGUUUGAUACAAAUAAAUUGGAAAAGAUGAGGUACAUUUCUCUAUUGGGCAAUGGAAAUGCCUGCUACACUGUUAAUGGACUAUUCUACCUAAUUCCACCACCAUCUACGACGAACCAGCUGAUCAGUUUCAUCCCAGGAACAGUUAUGAUGUACAAAAACCUAGAUUCCGCGUUAGAUGUAGCCCAUAAAGCUAUAACAGAAGACAAACACAGCCGCCGCCGUGACUAUCCCAUCAAACCAUUUUUGACUGACAAGAAAAACUUUGUUAGGCACGUUAUUCCGCCCUUCCAGGGUUCUAUUGAGAUUGUUUUUAAGGAUAUAGGUUAUAUGCGCCUGCGUUCAGUCGGUAAAUAUCAGUUUACUGGAUUGUAUGAAAUCUGGGUUCCAAAGGGGAUUGAAGUGUGUAUCAGAGAACCAUUAGCAACUUUAAUUCAAGGAGUCACGGAGUCUAAAGGCUCUUCAAAGAAUAAAGCACCGGUGUAUUCUAGAAAUAAACCCGUAGUAUCCUCAACCUACAUCAUGGACCCUGCUGAAGAGGAUACAUUUAAAAGAAUGGGAGAAAUGUUCCUUGAAAGAAGAGAUAUCUCAGCUAGCAGAAUUUUAAACGAAGACCCUAUGCAACUAGUAUCUAAACGAUGGGACUCAUCUCCAAAUCUAUAUUGGCACUACUCUUGGAAUGAUUCUAAGAAGAAUUCAACGCCGUUAUGA